UCCUCACCCGGAGCGCCACCGCCACCCACAAACCCCCGCCACCCACGGACCGGCUCUGGACACGGCUGCGAGGGGCCCUUGGGAAGGGGAAACUGAGUCACCACGCGGGCACCUCUCCUGCUCCUCCACCUCUCCCCGCUGCAGCAGACGCGGGUCCCCCAGUCCGAGAUGGCGACCUCCUCGUGUCCCCCGAGCGGCGCCGGAGGCCGCGGUGCCGGCGUCCCAUGGGACUUUCUGCCUGGGCUGAUGGUCAAGGCCCCUCCGGGUCCCUGCCUGCAGGCCCAGCGCAAAGAGAAGUCUCGGAACGCCGCGCGCUCCCGGCGCGGGAAGGAAAACCUGGAGUUCUUUGAGCUUUCCAAGUUGCUCCCGCUGCCCGGUGCCAUCUCCAGCCAGCUGGACAAGGCGUCCAUCGUGCGUCUCAGUGUCACUUACCUCCGCCUGCGCCGCUUCGCCGCGCUGGGGGCGCCACCCUGGGGACUGCGAGCUGUGGGGCCGCCGGCUGGCCUAGCUCCAGGCCUCCGGGGCCCCGUGGCGCUGGUCUCCGAGCUCUUCGAGCAGCACCUGGGAGGUCACAUCCUGCAGUCCCUGGACGGUUUCGUGUUUGCCUUAAACCAGGAAGGAAAAUUCCUCUACAUCUCAGAGACAGUCUCCAUCUACCUGGGUCUCUCACAGGUGGAGCUGACGGGCAGCAGCGUCUUCGACUACGUCCACCCUGGGGACCACUCCGAGGUGCUGGAGCAACUGGGGCUUCGAGCGCCAACCCCUGGACCCCCCACCCCACCCUCCAUCUCUUCCUGUUCCUCUUCCUCCUCAUCUUCCUCCUCACUGGUGGAUACCCCUGAGAUUGAAGCCGGCCCUACAGAAGCACCCCCUUCCUCUCGGGUCCAGGAACGCUCCUUUUUCAUCCGCAUGAAGUCCACCCUCACCAAGAGGGGGAUGAACGUGAAGGCCUCCGGGUACAAGGUCAUCCAUGUCACCGGGCGCCUGCGAGCCCGCGCCCUGGGCCUCGUGGCUCUCGGUCACACGUUGCCACCAGCCCCACUGGCUGAGCUGCCUCUGCACGGACACAUGAUCGUCUUCCGCCUCAGCCUGGGCCUCACCAUCCUUGCUUGCGAGAGCAGAGUCAGCGACCACAUGGACCUGGGGCCCUCAGAGCUGGUGGGCCGCAGCUGUUACCAGUUUGUUCAUGGGCAAGAUGCCACCAGGAUCCGCCAAAGCCACCUGGACCUGCUGGAUAAAGGCCAGGUGGUGACCGGUUACUACCGCUGGCUGCAGCGAGCCGGGGGGUUCGUGUGGUUGCAGUCCGUGGCCACCGUGGCGGGGAGUGCAAAGAGCGCGGGGGAACAUCACGUGCUGUGGGUCAGUCAUGUGCUCAGCCAUGCCGAAGGGGGUCAAACACCUCUGGAUGCCUUCCAGCUCCCAGCCAGUGUGUCCCAGAAGGAUCCAUGCAGCCCAGGGCCAGAGGAUACAGAGGAGGACCCCGUCUUGGAUGGGAAACCAGCUGCUGCUGUGGAGAAGGACCACAGUCCCCAGACCCCAGGCACAUGUGUCAAGGUGGAGCCCGGCGCCAAGGAGAGCGGAGUGUCAGAGGACAGUGGAGACGAGGAGCCCCUGGACCAGCGCGUUCAAGCCCGGCCGGAGUUCACCUCUGUCAUCCGUGCAGGGGCCCUGAAACAGGACCCAGUACGGCCAUGGGGCCUGGUCCCUCCAGGGGACCCUCCACCUUCCCUUCUGCAUGCAGGUUUCCUGCCGCCCAUGGUGCGGGGCCUGUGCACACCUGGCACCAUCCGCUAUGGCCCCGCAGAGCUGGGCCUCAUGUACCCACAUCUGCAGAGGCUGGGCCCAGGCCCCUCCCUCCCAGAGGCCUUUUACCCCACCCUGGGCCUUCCCUACGCAGGGCCCAUGGGCACCAGGGUACAACGAAAGGGGGACUGAAGACUGGGCACAGCCAGGGAUCGGACCUGAGGGUAAGGUGGUACCCCAAGCACCUGGAGCCCUCCCUGAGAAUUAAACACCGUUUCCAACAGGGAUGUGGUUCCCAGUGCCUCUCUGCUUCUACCCUAACUGGGCACUUCUAUCGGCCUCCUGCCUUCACCUUUCUCCAACCCCUCCAGGACCUUCUUCCCCAAGGAACAGGUUUCACCACUCAAAGUCGAGCUGGCAAAGGGUCAGGUUUUAAUGUCCUAGUCCUUGGGGCCAGCCAGCCCGAGGUCCUGUUGCUUAUUCAGGUGGUGGCCGGCCUGCUUCAUCCGGGCCUUCGGAGGUGGACCCCCCAUCGUCCUCGGGCACCAGUUCCACAUCCAGCUCAAGCUGGCCCAUGUAGAGGCCCACGGCGCAAGCCCAGAGCAGGCUGACAGCCAGCACGGUGGCUAUACCCGCGGCAGCUCCCCCCAGCGACAGCUGCAUGGGUGCCCGAAGUGCUGCCAGGCUCACCGCGUAGGAGGCGCCGCCCCACACCACACACAGGCCGCCCAGCAAGAAGAAGCCUGUGGAAGAGAGGUGGUGGUCAGUGGAGGGCCAGGGCCUGGGGUACAACGUGGGACCACCGUGAUGAGGACUGGCGGAGGGAGGGCUGGAGAAGGGAGAUCAUGUGACCCAGCACAGGUUGAUGAUGCCUGCUGCCUGGGGCAUCCGCUUCAUGGGGUUGAAAUCAAGCCAGCAGGCUUUGCCAACAAACAGGCGCCUUCAACUGCUGAGCCAUGUCCCCAAACCUUACCUGUUACCUGGGAGGCAAGGGGAUCCCACAUUCAAAUUUUGCCUAGAUAAUUUAGGAUUGGUCUCAAAAUAAAACAUUAGGGCUGGAGAGAUGGCUUAGUGGUUAAGGCAUUUGCCUGCAAAGCCAAAUGACCUCGGUUUGAUUCCCCAGGACCCACUUAAGCCAGAUGCACAA